UGCUGGAGGUCAAUAAACCUUGACAUAUGAAUCUAGUGUUACUCUAGCCACAACCCGCUCGUGUUCUCCUAGUGUUUUAAUUUUAUGGACCAUGUCGAAUUCGGUCGAAGUUACGAUAAACCCGGACGUCAAAAUUGGCGGCGCUAACCCGUGUUUCAUUAUAGCAGAAGUCGGACAAAACCACCAAGGUGACAUUGAAAUAGCGAAAAAGUUGAUAAAAGCCGCAAAGGAAGCAGGCGCCAGUUGUGUCAAAUUCCAAAAAACAUGCCUUAAAGAAAAAUUCACAAAGAAAUAUUUGGAGCGGCCGUACGAUAACGCCAACUCUUGGGGCAAAACCUAUGGCGACCACAAGAAGCACUUGGAGCUCUCGGAAAGCCAGUACAGAGAGCUGUUCAAGUAUGCGCAAGAGGUUGGCAUCUUAUGCACUGCUUCCGCCAUGGACAUGGUGUCCUUUGAUUUCCUAGUCAACAUGAAGGCACCCUUCAUCAAAAUCGGGUCCGGCGAUUCAAACAACUUGCUGUUCCUGAAAUACGCAGCCUCUAAAAAGAUCCCUCUCAUCAUCUCAACCGGGAUGGUAGACAAGACUGCAGUGAAGACUAUCUAUGACAUCAUAUCCGCGCAACACAAACAGUUCUGCCUGCUUCACUGUAUCUCAGCUUACCCUGUGCCUUUUGAGGACUGCAAUCUGACUGUACUGCAGGAUUACAAGAACACAUUCGACAUUCCCGUCGGAUACUCCGGCCAGGAGUUAGGCACGGCUGUAGCCUUAGGUGCCGUUGCGCUGGGAGCUAAGGUGCUGGAGAAGCACAUAACAUUAGACAAGAGUAUGAAAGGCACGGACCACGUGUGCUCGCUGACGCCGACAGAAUUCUCUCAGUUGGUGCGCGACGUGCGCGUCAUCGAGGCCUCGCUGGGCACGCCCAUCAAGAAGGUCGUCACCUCAGAAAUUCCAUGCAUCGACAAGCUUCAGAAGUCACUAGUGAUGGGCAGUACGAAGAACAAGGGUGAAAUCCUGUACCCCGGAGACGUUAAAAUCAAGGUCGCGGAGCCGAAAGGACUCAACGCGCUGCACUUCGAGGAUGUCAUCUACAAGACGCUAGUGUGUGACAAGAAAGAGGACGAGCCACUCCACGAGGGAGACUUCUGCUAAUUAAGCAUUCCUCGG